AUGCAAGUGUUGAACCGCUGUGUAAAUAUUAACUACCAAUUAAAUUUUCCAAUCUUGAUCAACAUAAAAACUUUAUUUGUGGGACAACUGUCUUCAAAAGGUGUAGUGGGUCCAGGCAACACCAAGACUUUUUACAAAAUGCAUGAAGCUUACAUUCGUUACACCUCCGGGACCGAAGUGUUCGACUUUACGUUCCGCUUCUCAAGACCGGAUCUAAAUAUUGACAAGCAGUUGAAUUUUUCCAGAAAAGUUUCUGAGAAUGUUGAGACUUUUCUCUCCAGAGUCAGCAGCAACGUCACUAAACAUAUGACCACCAAGGCCAAGAAGAAGGCAAAAAAAGCUAAAGUGGCUCCUGGGGAAGAAGAAAUAAAAGUGGACCAUGUCAAGGAAGGAAAUAUUUACUUGUCAAAAGGUGACAGUAAACUUAAUUUAGACGAACCUUGCACUAAUUUUCUUACAGAUCCGUCGGAGCUGAAGCUGGUAGUAUUCGACCAGAAGUACGAUGUCAAGCUCAACGCGCCCUGGAUAAUCAAGAUGAAGCUGCCUUCGUGUUUGCUGGCGAAUUUUCCAGUUUACCCUAGUGAGUUCGAGUCAAUGUACGUGGACAGAGGCUUGUCAGUUUUCACGUGGCACAAAUCAGUGUACGAUGAAAAAAUGAAGCUAUCAUGGAAGUUAAUCGGAGAAGGCUUUCUGUACAAACCAAGUGCUGAAGAUAUAGGCUCCAAGUUGAAAGUCAAAUGUCUGCCUCGCAAUGACAGGCUUGAAGGGUCAGAAACUGAAGUUGACUCGGAUACUCUUGUCGAAGCUGGUCCUGGAGAGUGUCCAUUUGAAACGCGACACAAGUUCACCAGCAAUAAAUUGUCUGGAGAUUCUUUCAGGGUUACUUCUUACAAUCUUUUAGCUGAUACGUACGCGGAUUCAGAGUACUCAAGGGCUGUUUUGUUUCCUUAUUGUCCACCUUAUGCUCUGAAUAUUGAUUACCGCAAGCUUUUAAUUAUCAAAGAGUUGAUAGGAUAUAAUUCAGAUAUAAUGUGCCUUCAAGAAGUAGACAAAAAAAUCUAUGAUAAUGAUUUCCUGCCAUCUCUAUCAUCGGUGAAUUUUGACGGAGUUUUCAAUGCCAAAAGAACGACUAGUGAGGGACAGGCCACUUUGUAUGACACCAAAAGAUUCGAAAUGUUGAGUUAUAAAGGAAUUUCAAUGGCUGAUGGCAUAGAAAAGAAUCUAAUUUUUAAAAAGACUUGGGACAAAAUAACUAAUGAAAAUGCGCGAGUGAGAUUCAAGGAUCGAAGUACCUCAGUGUUGAUAGUCACAUUGAGAUCUCGGGAUAAUCCUAAAGAAAUUCUAGUGGUGGGAAACACCCAUCUUUACUUCCAUCCAGACGCAGAUCACAUUAGAUUACUGCAGGCUUACUUCGCCUUGACUUCGUGCCAAGCCACUGCAGAUGAAAUUCGCCAGCAGUAUCCCGAGCACAAUGUGACCGUAAUGCUCUGCGGGGACUUCAAUAGCACUCCCGUUGAUGGAGUUUACGAGUUUAUAACCAAAAACGCUAUACCAGAAACUCACAAAGAUUGGACUUCAAAUUCUGAACAGGUAGUAGAAAACGUCUCAAUUUCUCACGAUUUGGCUCUGCAAAGCGCUUGUGGAACUCCAGAGUACACAAACUUUACAGUAGGAUUCGCAGAUUGUUUGGAUUACAUUUUCUACGAGACAAACAAAUUGGAAGUGAGCCAAGUAAUUCCCAUGCCAAGUAAAGAAGAACUUUUAUUAAACCAAGCAAUUCCAUCCGUAGUAUUUCCCAGUGACCACAUUGCUAUUUGUGCUGAUUUAAAGUGGCAUUCACCAUCAUCGUCUGUAUCACAAUAA